AACAUAACAAACACAAACACAAUAAUUUCAGAUCCGUCCUUUUUUUGUUUUUGUUUUUCAUUCCUUUUCUCGAGAAAAUUAAAUUUUCUCGAGAAAAGAAAAAUUUUUUUUCUCUCCUCUCCUCUCCUCUCCGUGUUUCUCGAGAGAAAUUCUACCUUUACCUGUUUUGCUUUACUUCUCUUCUUCUUCGUCUUCGUCUUCUUCGCGCGUGAAUCCAUGCGUGUAGGUUUACCUCUUCAGAUUCAUUUGGAGUUUUUUUUUUUAUUCGGUGCGUUUCGGGUUAUCAUUGAAUAAGCUAUUAAAGUUGCUCUUAUCUUUCUUUUGGUUUCAUUAAUGGUGAAGUUAUGGGUGAGAUCCGUACUGUGAGUGUCGGCAUUGGUGAGAUUUAAUGCGGUCUCAGGUUUGAGAGCUUUACAGUGGUAUAAAUGUGACAAGUGAUGGUUUUAUGUACCUCUGAUUGUAACGGUUUUUUACUUUUUUUUCUCUCAAAUUUAUGAGUUUUAGAGCUCAUUAUGGUUCUUUCUUUCGAGGUUUUGAUGAUGGGUUUAUUACAUGAUCAAUGAACUAGUGUAACCCUUUAUUUCUUUAGACUUCACAGCAUCACUGGUUAACUGAGUUUGGAAUAAAGUCCUGAAAUUUUUCUUGGUAUGUUUAAAUGUUAAGACCUGCACAUAUGUCUGCAAGGUUACUGUGAAUCUACUUCCCUCCUCAGGAAAUUAGGGUUUCCGUCCACAUUUCACACAAAUGUCAGGCCUAGAAGGAAAUGGGUUCAAUGAUGAAAUCAGAGAGAGGAGAUCUGAUUUUGAGAAUUCUGAAGAUGAGAGAAGGAGAUCGAAAAUUGGCACUCUCAAGAAGAAGGCAUUAAAUGCUUCAAAUAAGUUCACUCAUUCUCUUAAGAAAAGAGGAAAAAGGAAAAUUGAUUAUAGAGUUUCUUCAGUUUCUAUUGAGGAUAUAAGGGAUGAAAAGGAGGAGAGUGCUGUAUUAGAAUUGCGACAAAAGCUUCUUGAAAGGGAUUUGUUGCCUCCUAGGCACGAUGAGUAUCAUACUUUGCUAAGAUUUUUGAAAGCUAGAGAGUUUAACAUAGAAAGAACAAUCCAGAUGUGGGAAGAAAUGCUUAAUUGGAGGAAAGAGUAUGGAACAGACACUAUAUUGGAGGAUUUUGAGUUUGAAGAGCUGGAAGAGGUUUUGCAAUAUUACCCUCAGGGUUACCAUGGAGUUGACAAGGAAGGCCGGCCAGUUUACAUUGAAAUGCUUGGAAAAGCUCAUCCAAGUAAGCUGAUGCGAAUCACUACUGUAGAUCGAUAUUUGAAGUACCAUGUUCAAGAGUUUGAGAGGGCUCUGCUGGAGAAAUUCCCUGCAUGUUCUAUUGCUGCAAGGAGACAGAUAUGUUCAACGACAACGAUAUUGGAUGUACAUGGCUUGGGCAUCAAGAAUUUCACACGGACUGCUGCAAAUCUUUUGGCUGCAAUGACAAAGAUAGAUAAUAGUUAUUACCCUGAGACAUUGCAUAGGAUGUAUAUUGUUAAUGCUGGUCCUGCCUUUAAGAAGAUGCUUUGGCCUGCAGCUCAGAAACUUCUAGAUGCAAAGACUAUUGCAAAGAUACAGGUUCUGGAUCCCAAGUCCCUGCCCAAGCUACUGGAAGUUAUUGAUGCAAGUCAAUUGCCAGACUUUUUGGGUGGUUCUUGCACUUGUUAUGCUGAAGGAGGGUGUCUUAGAUCAAAUAAAGGUCCUUGGAAUGAUCCUGAUGUGAUGAAGCUUGUACAUAAUGCGGGAGCAAAGUUUGUGAGGCAAAUCACUAGAAUGUCCAGUGACCAACAUAAAUUGGACUCACAUAUUCAGAUACGCCCUCAGAAGGGAAGAAGUAGUGAUACGUUGGCAGCAGAAUCAGGGUCUGAUAUUGAUGAUCCAUCUCCAGUCCAUUGGAGUUCUACAUUUCCACGUUUGGCCCCCGUUCAUGAGGAAGUCAGAGCAACAGAUCCAAAUGCCUACUACAGUUGUGAUGAUAGUUUUCCUUUGGUUGAGAAGACUACCCAAAGCAAUCUGGGAGUGGAACAUUCUGACAAUCAAUUACUUAACACCAGUGAUCUGACGAGCUUUCCCGAUCAGACGACAUCAAAUCUGGAAGGGGGUCUCAUUAUGCGUUGGUUGGACCUUAUCAAGGAAAAGAUUGGGAAGAGACAUAAUCUAUGUGGGGCUAGACUGCUGAUGUCAUUUGUGGUCAAACUAAUUGCUUUUUUCCAUAGUUUACCAUUUGAAUUUUGGAAGAGGCAGAGCAACGUUCAUCCCUCUAAUCUUAUGGAACAUAAUGCUGAUAGUCAUUCAUCAGCUGUUGAAACUCUGAAUGAAGAGUGUGUCCGUCCAUGUAUGGAGCGUCUACAGAGGCUGGAGAAAGUAUUUGAACAACUUAGCAACAAGCCUGGUGCAAUCCCAUUGGAAAAAGAGCAAAUGCUCAUGGAAUCUCUAGAGAGGAUAAAGUCUGUGGAGUUUGAUCUUGAGAAAACAAAGAGGUUAGUACAAGCUGCAGUUGUAAAGCAACUUGAGAUUGCUGAAUCGCUGGACAAUUUACGAGAAUCUAGAUGUCGUCAAAGAAGAUUGUUCUGUUGAGUACCUGAAGUAUAACAAUGGUACUAGCUAGAAAUUGGGGAUAACAAGAGAUGGAUUUGCACAGAUUGGAACGGCGAGAGCAUCAAUGUCACAAUAAUACUUUUCUGAAGAAGCAGGGGCAGAUACAACCAUUUUUUUUUUUUUUUUCCCUAACAUGAGGUGGAUGACUGCUGCUCUUCUCCCUCUCUUUCCCUUUCUGUCAAUCCUUUUUCCUUCAAAUCUUUUAGUCUCCUCUUACAGUUGGUACUUACAGAAGUUACAGUUAGCUGAGAAGUAACUAGUUCUGAACUUAGAGUUUCUUAACAGUGUAGAGAAAAGAACAACAAAAGAGAGUAAAUGAAAUGCGUUAUAAC